UUCAUACUUACUAGCAUAAAUCAUACUUACUUAUUAUAAUCGUUUGGAUUCAAUUGAAAGAUUUCAGAGGCCGCUUUGGCUGUUUGCUUUUAAAUUCAUCUUUUGGAUUCAAGGGAAAUGGAGAAAGGGAAAAACAAGAAGAUCACUGCACGUGCUAAAAGAAAGGCACCCUCUUCUGUUGAUGAAAGUGUUGCAGGGAAGAAGUUGAAAACCAAGGAUGAUGGUAAAACGAACCACGACCAGAUUCCCGCGUCAAGCAAAGCACUCUCAACUAAAAGUGCAAAGAAAACUAUUGUCAAAGAGAAGAAAGUUAUGGAUGACUCACUCCAGAAGAAACGAAAACGUUUGGACAGCUCAGUUUCACAGAGCUCCAAAGACUCGUGCAAGAAAAAAACUCAGGAUGGUGGCCCAGAGGUCGAAAGAAAUGGGAAAGGAGAACUUGUGUUCACAGGGUUCCCAAUGUUUCGGCCUAAUAUGACUCCAAAGGAAGUGCUCCAAGCUGGAAGCUUUGGUGGAACGUAUUUCAGAUCAAUACACUCCAGGGUCACAAAGAAAAACUAUAAAGAUGUUUGGAAAGAGCUCCCUGAAGACUGGCUGAAAAAUUUAGACAUUCCCAAACAGGUGGCCUCCUCUGUAUACAGGGAAGAUGUAAACACGUACAAAGUGAAGUGUGGAGGGAGUCUGGAGAUGUGGGAGAGCAGUGGUUGGAUUGUUACCCAGGAUCCCUAUGGAUGGUUUCAGUGGUACUGCAGGUUCUACCAGGGCAGACGUACCCAGGACGAUGAGCGGCAGGUGGGGCGAUGGGCCAAAUGUACGGGACUGAGAGGCAGAUGGAAGAAUAAUCUCAUCACUAAAAUAGUCCGGUCGGGCAGUGGCUUUGACAAUUUAGCAGUCUCUCCAGUGGUCAGACAGACAUUACAACACUGGGGGUACCGGCUGACGAGGGAGGACUAUGUGGAGGGGGCAAAGCGAGUAAAAUCCUCAUAACUUCAGAACUCUUAACCCCUGUGUACCAACUAGCAAUAAGUUUUGAGAUAUGUUUGCAUCGUUCAUGGGGUGGUGGUCUGUUUUUACUUUACAAAACAAUAAACACAUUUUAAGCAUU